AUUCCGUGUGGAAAAUAACCCGGACUGCCUUAGUUAGCUGAAAUUACUCGCGUCUUUUCAGUGUUUAUUGUGUUUUUUACAUAUGCUUCUCUUUACUAACAUCAUAAUAAAAUAGUUCGUUGAUCUGAGAAACAAUAAAUACCGAUGCACGUGGCAGCUAUGUGGCUAACGUGGCUAGCGGUGUUAACUUUACGAGGUGUUCCAGUAUCUCUGUGAUCAUGUUUGGACAUUUAAUUCAUCUGAAGUGUGCUCGACAUGUUGGAAUAUUUUACCGGCUGUUUACACGGGCGAGCAGGCAUAGAUGUCUCUCAGAAAUCUGCCAAUCAGAUGAGAAAAUCAGGAGGUUUAUUUCAGAAAACACGGAGAUAGUUGGAGAGCACAGCCUGACUCCUGAAGUAAAACUCAGAUUACUCACCCCAAGAUGCAGAUUCUGGCGAGAAAGACCGGAGUUGUGGCCUUUUACUGAUCCGUACUGGGCUAUAUACUGGCCAGGGGGGCAGGCACUGUCAAGGUAUGUCCUGGAUAACCCUGAGGUGUGUCGGGGUAAAAGGGUCCUGGACCUGGGGAGCGGUUGUGGAGCUUCGGCCAUCGCUGCAAAACUGAGUGGUGCUGCUCACGUAGUGGCAAAUGACAUUGACACUGUUGCAGCCAUUGCGACCCACAUGAACUGUGAGCUGAACGGCCUGGAGCCGCCUGUUUGUGUGACCAGCGACCUGAUCGGUUCAGAGCCAGAGGGCUUUGACCUGAUCCUCCUCGGGGACAUGUUCUACGAUGAGGCCCUCGCUGACAGCCUCCACAGCUGGCUGGAUCGCUGUAUCAGAAUCCACGGCGCCAAAGUCCUGAUUGGAGAUCCGGGGCGUGCUCAGUUCGAGGGUCACAAUAUCCGAAAGCUCCUGCAUCUGUUGGCUCAGUUCGAGUUGCCCGACUCCGUCAGAGAAGAGAACUACGGUCUGACCAGCAGCAGUGUUUGGCGCUACCAUCCUGAGCUGUGAGGAUUAAAGAGGGUUCUCUGUGCAUUCUUGAUUUGAUGUAUUAAUUUAUUUGGAGCAUGUUCUCAACUGAAAAGAGCUAAAUGAGGUGUUUUGGUUCUAACAUUGUUGUUAUUUUCUACUAAAAAUCAUUUAGCCUUAACUGAAGAAUAUAGUUUUGAUUUAAAACAAAAAAAAAUCAGUCUUGUGGUGAUUUUUGUGUCAAAGAAUUAACCAUCAGUAGCUAAUAUGUAGCUACAAAAGGUUUCUUAAGUAACUGGAAAAUAUUUAAAUUAAUUAACCACUGUGAAAUAUUUAAAGAACUCACUUCAUUUCUUUCCCCCUUUAAAUGAGCUAUGAAUAAUAACUGACUCAUCUCUACAAGGAACUGAAACCAGUGGAAACUAAAAUUAAGUCCAAAUACAAACAACAGUGCAGUGACUGACCAAUAGUGUAUUGGCCAAUCUUUCCAUCUGCUUUAAGUCAUUCUUAGUUUAUUUAUGUUCAUUUCACUGCAGAGAGAAGCACCGUCUAAUAAAACACUAUGUGAACCAAUGGAAAAUACAUAUGCGCCAGCUAAAAAUGGUCACAGAGAACAAAAGCAACGGGAAAUGACAAUCAUAUGUAUCUCCUUCAAGUUCUGGAGAGAAAAAAAAACGGUCUGGCAUUAAUUUGUGAACAUUCGUGACUAUGAAAGGAGGAUGAAAGGAAUGUGUUUAGUUGUUGCUGCAGAGGAGAAGUGGAUCAAGACCUCACAGUUUAUAGUUCAUUCCGGUGUCAUUUGGAACAAAUCUCAUGUCUCUUAAAGCAAAGUCUGGUCCCUGCACGUCAAUUCCAAAUUCACUACUUCUGGACAGCCACUAGAGGUCACUGUUUCUCAAAAUUAACACCACAGAUUUAGAAUAAAACGGAACAGAGCAUUGCUGUUUGCACAGGUACAAUAAAGUACAGCCAGGUGUAUGUUUUACAAUUUGAUUUUAUUUGUCUGUGCAACAAACGCAAAGACCAAUAAAGUUUUUACUGAUUCUGAUAAUA